AUUAUCAAGGCAUUGAAGGAGUCUGAAAACGCAUUGUUGGAGAGUCCAACUGGAACGGGGAAAACAUUGACAAUUCUCACUGCUGUUUUAGCAUGGAGAGAGGCCGAACGGACCAACAUUACAAAUAUUCGAACUGAGCAUUUCAAUGAGAAAUCGAAAGCGUUGAACGAAUCUAUUCCCACCAUUUUCAUUGCAAGUCGAACUCAAAAGCAGAUCCAGCAGAUUGUGCGUGAGUUGCGCGAGAAAUCGACAUACCGACCGCGAAUAUCCAUUCUUGGCAGUCGUGAACAUUACUGCAUAAAUCCUCAGCUGAAGAGAUCUACGAAUAAGGGCGAAGAAUGUACCUCGCUUAUCGAGACAGAUAGCUGUGGAUACUUUAAUCGUACACGGCAACUGCAGGGCCACGCCAAGAUUCAAGGCGAAGAAAGAAAUGCUAUUUGGGACAUUGAGGACUUGGUUACUGUUGGAAAAAGAACCAGAGGGUGUCCAUACUAUGCUGCAAAAGCGCUUGCAGAAACUGCCGAGGUUAUUUUUGCUCCUUACAACUACAUUAUUGAUCCUCAUGUGCGUGCUUCGUCUGGGAUUUCGCUUGAAAACAGCAUACUGAUUAUUGAUGAAGCACAUAAUAUCGAGAGCUCAUGCAUGGAUUCCGGCAGUGCUGAUUUUACCGAGCAGGAAAUGAUUGAAACAAGUCGAGAUCUUGAGGGCAUUGUUAAACAAGGUCAUCAUGUGGACGAAUACAAUACACUCAUUCACUUGAUCAAAAUGUUUUUGGACUGGCGGUGCAAAUUUGAGGAUAGUUUUACCAUCCAUGAAUUUUCUAAAUCGCUUAAAAUUUGGCAAGGGCCUGAGAUCAGUCAGCUUCUUGGAGAUAUGGGUAUAUUACCUGGGAGUAUACCGAUGAUUACUCAAGCAUAUGCGACUAUUCAGGAAACUAUGGGUUCGUCUGACAAAUUCAAAUUAUUAAAACGUGAAUAUCCGAGUCAGAGAUCUCUACAACUAAUAGGAGGUAAACAAAUUUAUUUUUUACAUUAUGAAAUAAUGUUCAUCACUCAUUUGUUGUUUGGUAACACUUUGACCAAUAUUUUAGACUCGCUGCCAUGGGUUUAUACUUUUUCAUUUUGGUGUAUGAACCCAGCUGUCAUUUUUAAGCAUAUUGAAUCAAUGACGAAAUCGAUUAUUUUAACAAGUGGUACAAUGAGUCCGAUUAGCUCAUUUUCUCGUGAAUUAGGGGUGAAAUUUGCCCACACUCUUGAAGCACCACACAUCAUUAAAGAUGACCAGCUUUGUAUUGGAAGUCUGCCAUCUGGGGCCAACAAUAUGCCUCUAGUUGGAGUAUACAAAUCGUUUGAAACAUUUGAUUAUCAAGACCAAUUGGGUCUCUCAAUUGCGCGACUAGCAAAUCUCAUUCCUCAAGGACUACUGGUGUUUUUGCCUAGUUAUAUGUAUACUGGGCUCGAACAAAGACUUGGGAAAACAAAAUAUAUUUUUACAGAACCCAGAGCCAAUGCCAAAAAAGAACUUGAGAAUUUAAUGGCUAAAUACGAUUCUAUCAGUUCUACAGAAUCAGGUGCAAUCUUGUUUUGUGUAUAUCGUGGAAAGAUGAGCGAAGGGAUUGAUUUUUCUGAUCAUCGGGCUCGCGGUGUUAUUUGCGUUGGACUGCCCUUUCCAAAUAUCAAAGACAUUAAAGUACUUCAAAAAAGAGACUAUAAUACUCAGCGUGCAUCAUCACGAGGUCUUUUGACUGGCAGUGAAUGGUAUUCUAUGCAGGCAUAUCGUGCCCUUAAUCAAGCAUUAGGAAGAUGCAUCCGACAUCGAAACGACUGGGGUGCCAUUAUUCUGCUUGAUGAAAGAUUUUCACAAUCCAGAUGUACAUCUAAUCUAUCUAAAUGGAUGCGCACGAAAAUCAGGCAAUGG